AUGUACGCGACCUUGGUCAACUCCUGGGACUCUUCCCCAACCUACACCACCACCGACGACCUCCCGCCCCCUUCUCCCACCCAGAUCCGUCUGCGCGUCCUCGCAGCCGGCGUCCACCGCCUCGUCUUGUCCCGCGCCGCGGGCAGGCAUUACACCUCCACAACCCUGCCUCACCUUCCCGGCGCCGACGGCGUGGGCGAAGACCCGGCCACAGGCCAGCGCUACUACUUCACCGCGCUCAUGACCGGCUCCUUUGCAGAGUUCGUCAACGUCGAGCGCAGCCUCGUCGCACCGCUGCCGGAGACCGCCGACCCCGUCGCGGUCGCUGCGUUCACGAACCCCGCCAUGAGCAGCUGGAUGGCGUUCGCCGCGCGGACGGGGUCCCAGAAGCCCGGUUUCUCGGUCGCUAUUCUGGGCGUCACGAGCGCGAGUGGACGAGUCGCGGUGGAUGUUGCCCACGCAAAGGGCGCGGGACGCAUAGUGGGGAUCGCGAGAAACGCCGCAGCGAUGGCGGAGAUGGCACUCGACGAGAGCAUCGUCCUCGCGGGCAGCGAAACGGAUUGGUCGAAGCUGGGCGAGGUGGACGUCGUGCUGGAUUACGUCUACGGGCCUUCUGCCGUCGAUCUACUCAAGGCGUUGCCCAAGUCUGAGAAGGAGGUACAGUUUGUUCACAUCGGCUCCGUGUCCGGCGACGGAGAUGUCAGUCUCCCCGGGGCCAUCUUGAGAGGAAAGAGAGUUGCGAUUCGUGGUGCUGGCCCAGGGAGCUGGACCAUGAAAGAGUAUGCAAAGGAGCUCGAGGGGAUGGUGGGUGUGAGUUCGGGAUUGAAGGCGAACGAUGCCAUCACGUUUGGGUUCAAAGAUGUUGAGAAAGGAUGGAAGGAAGCUGGAGGGAAGAAGAGAGUGGUUUUUGUCAGUGAAGAUAUGUUGAGCUCCUAA